AUGGACUUGCUGGACGUGGAGAGCGACCUGAUUCGAAGCGGAAGCUUCCGCCAACAGCGCCGGCCCUGUGUGGAUGGUAAUAAUGAUUGACAAAUGUCGAAUUCGUUCGAGACAAGUCUCAUAAGUUUUUGGACACAAAAUUGUUUUACUCUCUCGCUUAUACUUGCCUUUACGAGUAUUUCUGCUAACGUUUAUGGGGAUACUUUUCACUGGUGCUUUAUUUGAAUUCGAAAAAAUGUCGAAAAAUUUGGGAAGAAGAGACCUGGGUAAGACAAUAUAAAUCCUUGAUUUGAGUGGGAAAAUGUUGAAAGAAAAGUGGAAAAUGGCAUGUCAGCUGAUUAUAGGGGCUCUAGAUAUAUUUUAAAGACAAAAUUAAGAGCGAUUUUUCUCAAAAAGUUGAAAAAAAUCGAAUUUUCGAAAAAUCGCAAAGUUGAUAGGAAGGGUAAUAUCGAUCGCACUUUUUCGGUAAACCCAGGGCAGUGAAAGAUAAAAUAGAUGUUGUAAGUAAUGUAGUAGACCAUUAGCUUCAUUUUACACCACAGUUGUCAAAUAUUUAUAACUGACCUUUUUUCUAAAAUUGAACAAAAGCUCUUUAAUUGAGAACUAUCACAAGAGGGAUAAUAUAGAUUAUUUUUAGGGGUCUACGCGGGAUUUAAAGUGCAUUUAGGCACUCACAGGAUGCAAGGGCUAUAUGAUAUCAUUUCUGAAUAAUAAAUCUUGCCUUAAAUUAUUCAAAUUUUCGGGGAGAUUCAAGAAAACCAAAAAAAAUUUCGGAUUAAUCUUUAAGGCAAGAUUAAUAUAGUGUCCCUGCUCAAACGUAGCGUUAAAAUCCACCAUUUUUUUAUUAGCUGCAGUAUAGACCAUAACGCGCGCAGUCAAUCAAAACUGGCCAACAAAUUCUAUUUUAUGGGACACAAAAACGGCCAAGUUUCGAGCUCGCUGUGGUCGAUAAAAAGUGGUGAUUAAAAUCGAAAAAAAGUAAAAAGAAUAAAAAUCCAAUAGCCUCCAAAUGUCAAGCACUGCAUAAUAGUAGUCGUAAAGAUGUAAUUGCUUCGUUUUCAGCGAUGAUAACGUUGUAUGAGCAGUUACAACUGCAGCAGAUUCAAGCCAACAGCUCCAUGUCGUCUUCGUCGCAUGCGCAAGCCAUUCAAACAAUAAAAUGUGUGGUGGAAGGUGAGAAACAUGUUUUUUGGGCGUUGAAAUAUAUUUUUCAGACAAAAAGGCGCAUGAGAAGGAGACUUUUUGUCGACUUUUAGGAAAUUUUGGUCCAAAAACCUUUGAAUUUUGAGAUUUUUCCUAAUUUUCUUCUGUUUUAGGCGAUAGAAAAGUCGGCCGAACAUCUCUCUUGAAAGUUUAUACCGGCGAAUUGGAUGACUCAAGGUUUGAUGAGCCCUGCUCAUCGGAGAACUCGCAAAAUUCCGGCAAAACCUCGGCCCUACGCAAUUUCUCGGCCGAACUUCGGAUGGACGGCCGUCCAAUAUACCUAAUAAUGCAUGAGACUGAAGCCGGCUCGGAUUUCGACCAUCUUCGAAGGCUUCACUAUGCCGAAACCGACUGUUUCGUAUUGUGUUUUAGUGUGGUAAAGCCGGAGACUUUUGAUUCGAUACGAAAUUUUUGGUACUUGGAAGUCAUCGAGCACUGUCAGAAGUGGCCGACGAUCAUUUUAGUGGGUAAGGAAUAUGUAGUGUAUACAAAAAAUAUGAUGACUUGAAGAAGAGAGGGACUCAUUAAAGUCAAGCUAUUAUUAUUAUCAGUUGUCGGGAAAAUAAUGAGCACCGUGUCGCAUCAAAAAUCGCAUCGCCACCGAGAAAAUGAAUUGAGUCGCGGCAAAAUCAAAUUCUAUUCACCUCAGCGACGCGAUCAGCGCAGCGACAUUGUGAUCAUUAUUUUUCCGACAGACUGAUGGUAUUUUCAUAAAGUGCAUGGACAUUUUUUGCGGUUCUCACGUGCAGAAAAAAACCCUCCAUUUUGCUACGUGCAUUUCACCUUCCUUUUUGUUUUUCGCACUGUUUCGCAUCGGAAACAUCGCCGCGGCAAAGGCUUUCUUUUCAUUUUCAUCGUCGCGGUUUUACUCAAGAAUUUGCACUGGGCAAACGGCUUUUUUGCGGUUUGCUUUGGGCGAAAAGAAAAAAGGCACAGUGCGUUGGCGACAAACGUGGGAAAAAGUUCAAAAUGCCCUGUGCGAAAGACAAAAAGUGUGAAAAAAAAUUUCCAUGUACUUUAUAAAAAUAAAGUACAAUAGUAAUAUCAGCCUGCCGGGAAAAUAAUGAGCACAACGUCUCUGCGCCAAUCGCGUCGCUAAAUUGAAAAACAAUUUGAUUUUGCCGCGACAUAAUUCAUUUCCUCGGCGACGACGCGAUUUUUGAUGCGACAGAGUGCUCAUUAUUUCCCCGACAAACUGAUAAUAAGAUCAACUUUGAAGCAACUUUUUUAUUUUUUUGAAAAAUAAACCAUGAUUUCCAGGUACUAUGGUCGACCUCCGCGAGGACCCAGACACCGUGGCGGAUCUACAGGAGCGCGGGAAGCAGCCUAUCACUUGUGAGCAGGGAAUGCGACUAGCCAAAGACAUAAAAGCCGCCCGAUAUUUGGAGUGCUCAGCGAAGACGAAAGUCGGAAUCUCAACGGUGUUUCAUGAAGCCGUGCGUGCAGUAUUGGCUCCGCCAGAGAUCCCGAGCGGAACCAAAUUACCCAAAGGCCUUCAAGACGACUGGAAUUGCUCGAUUAUGUAA